GAGGAGGUGGUCCCGGACGACAGGGACGACCCCGAGGUCAUCAUGAACACCACCACGUACUACUACUCGGUGCGGCUGUUUGCGGGGCAGGAGCCGGGCAGCGCCUGGGUGGGCUGGGUCACCCCCCACUUCCACCAGCACGACCCCGAGUUCGAGCUGUCGCGCGUCCGCAGCGUCACCGUCACCAUGGGGGACGACAGGGGCAACGUGCACGACAGCAUCAAGCGCAGUGACUGUUACAUGGUGUGGGGGGGGGAGUUUGCAGCCCCCCAGCAGCAGGCCCGGGUGACCCACAGCGACCUCGUCAUCGGCUGCCUGGUGGACCUGGCCACGGGGCUCAUGACCUUCACCGCCAACGGCAAGGAGAUCAACACCUUCUUCCAGGUGGAGCCCAACACGAAGCUGUUCCCGGCCGUGUUCGUGCUGCCCACCACCCAAAAUGUGCUGCAGUUCGAGCUGGGCAAGCUCAAGAACAUCAUGCCCAUCUCGGCCGCCAUGUUCAGCAGCGAGAGGCAGAACCCGGCCCCCCAGUGCCCCCCCCGGCUGGUGAUCCAGCACCUGACCCCCGUCACCUGGAGCCGGAUGCCCACCCAGUACCUGGGCGUGGAGACCGCCCGGCUGGGCGAGCGCCAGGGCUGGGCCGUCGAGUGCUCCGAGCCCCUGCAGAUGAUGGCCCUGCACAUCCCCGAGGAGGACAG